AUGGCAAAAAGAAAGAGAAAUACGCCUACAGAAUCGGUGCCUGCAGUACCAGCAUCAUCUUUACCAUCGAAGAAAUUGAAGCAGUCUACCACGCCCAAAUCAAAUUCCUCCAAGCCGACUACCAUUCAAAUCAUAACGGGAUCUUACGACAGAGUCCUUCAUGGCAUCACUACGACAAUACGCUCCGACGAUGAUGUCCAAUUCGCAGAUACUUUCCUCUUCAAUGCUCAUACCUCUGCCAUUCGAACUUUAGCACUCUCUCCUCCCUCUGCGCCAGUUCCUAAACAAUCACAAAAAAUAAUCCUUGCUACUGGCAGUACUGACGAGCGCAUAAACCUCUACCACAUAUCCGCACACCCUCCAUCUAAAAUAUCUAUCCCUGCAAUUCCUUCUCUCACGGCCAAGGCUGUUGUAGAAAAUCCUCAAAAUCGCGAGCUUGGUUCCCUGCUGCACCAUGCCUCUUCAAUAACCGCCCUCUAUUUCCCAACUAGGAGCAAACUGAUGAGUUCUGCUGAAGAUUCGACAAUUGCAGUUACGCGAACAAGGGAUUGGAGCUUAUUGAGUACUAUCAAGGCACCCAUACCGAAAGCGGUGGGCAGGCCUAGUGGUGAUACUGCCCCGCUUGGGGGACAGCCUAGUGGAGUGAAUGACUUCGCGGUUCAUCCGAGUAUGAAACUCAUGCUUAGUGUGGGUAAGGGAGAGAAGUCUAUGAGAUUGUGGAACUUGGUUACGGGAAAAAAGGCGGGCGUGCUAAAUUUUGAGAGAGAUAUGUUAGGCGAGGUAGGAGAAGGAAGAUUUAGUAGUGGAGAGGGAAGGAGAGUCGCCUGGGGCAAUACUAAAGAGGGCGGAGAGGAGUUUUGUGUAGGAUUUGAAAAGGGACUGCUGAUUUUCGGGAUGGACUGCAAAGUUAGGUGCAAGGUAGUCCCUACACCAAGGACCAAGAUCCAUCAGCUUUCUUACGUUCAGGUGGGAGAUGAUGAAGAUGCCCAAGUCUUGGCUGUUUCGACGGAGGAUGGAAGAAUAUUAUUUUACUCUACAGAUCCCAAAGAUCUGGAGACUACAAAAGCAGCGGAAGGCAAAACACAGCCAAUAGCAGCUGCCAAACUCUUCGCGCAACUUGGCGGGAAAGAUUACGGUGUAUCCGGGCGUAUCAAGGACUUUGCCGUUUUGAAUAUUGGAGAGGGCGCUUCAAGAUACAUCAUCAUUGUGGCAGCAAGUAGUGACGGUGCAGUCAGACUCUACAAAUUAUCUGCCGCCAAGGAUUUGGCUCAAAUUGGAGAGAAAGUAAACCAGGUCGGAAAACUAAUUGGCACAUACGAGACUGGAAAUCGUAUUACAUGUUUAAAGGCAUUUGUAAUGUUACCGACUCCUGAAGGAGUAGAGGAUGAAGAAAUCGAGAUAAACGAGGAUGAUGAUGAGGAGAGAGCAGAUAGUAGCAGUGAUGAUAGCGAAUAA